UAACUCGAGGCCAACCAACUUCUUAUUUCUCUUUUUGCAAGGAGAAAUUGUUAAGAAGGAUGGCAUCACUCAAAGCCGAUAAACCUGCUGCGACUGGUGCUGCUGCUGGUGCAGCUGACUUAUCAGGGCAGGCCAAGAAAGAAGCCCCCAAACCCAGCCCCACUACUGCUCCCACCGCUACUCCCAAAGCUCCUGCCUCCAAACCGGCCCCUAAGAAGACCGAGCAGAAGCCUGCAGCAGCGGCCCCUAAAAAGAAGGCGGCCGGAGGAAAAGCUAAGAAUUAAUUUAAAGCAUAAUGAAGAAGCAAGGGCUUAAGAAGGAGAGAACGUGAUGAUGGGAAUAUACACUAGCUAGAUAUAUAAUGUUGGAAUUAAUUAAAAAUAUUGUAAAAGCUCUUGCUUCUUAUUAUAUGUUUCUUAUCUGAGUUUGUCUAUCUUUCUAGGCUUGCACCCUAGUAAUAAAUAAACGAUGUUUAUAUGUAAAUAAUGGCUUAAAUGAAUGAGUUUGUUCGUA